GGCGGCGGCCGCGAGACCAGCUGCCACCGGCGGACAAAGGCGGCGCGAGGUCCGCACUCUGCUGGGCGACUGUGCCCGCGCGGCCGCGAUGUGGCCGAGCCUGCUCCGCCGGGCUUCCCUGCGACACGGGCGGGCGGGGAAAGAGGCGGGUCCGGCUGCACCUUCUGCAAUCCGAGACCACAGCGCCCCCGUCUGCGCGCCGUGCCUGUGUACUACGCCGGCCUCUCGAAACGGUACCGCUGGUCGAUCUGCCCCCCCACACCAACCCACGCGGACCCUAAGCUAUCCCUGCCCCUGCUUCGGAUCCUCACCUUUCCCACCCACCUCUCCUGCCUCCUUCCCAAGCUCUCUCAGCCUCUCUUCCUCCCCUUGCUCCUCCAGUUCCCCCAGCCCUGCCCACCCAUCCUUACUGUGUUCCCCCAUCUCUCCCGGUCCUUUCUCCUCCCUCUGCUCCUUCUCUCCAGUCGCCCCCUAUUCUUUUUCUUCUCCACAACCUCCUUCUUGUUCAGAUCCCUGUUCUUCCUCGCCCUGUUCCCGCAGCUGCACUUGGUCCCCCACAACCAGGAGGAGAGAGAUAAAGGAGGUGGCACGGGACCACUUACUACUGGAAGCAUCGGAAGCCAAGAGCUCAUGCUGCUGGCAUGAACCUGAGCCAUUCCUGCUGGAAAUGGAUCUGGAACUUGAAGGAGUCAGAGAGUCGGUAGCUAAAAAGUUCGGGGAAAGGAGUAUGUGCGAUAAAGUUGUGUCAGCCACCAUGAAGAUAAGAGCAGACCAGUCAGCGAUUCCCAGCAACCAUGAUUGUGGGCCAGAAGUUCUGAGACUCACACUGCCCCACCUCUCCCGGGACUCUCUGUCCCCAACAAAUCACUCCUCCAGAUGAUGGGAAUGGAGAGACACCAAAGGAUUUCUUUAGGAUACCACAGGGUCGCCAGCCCUCCCUGCUGGGUCCUCGGCAACAGAGGGAAUGUAUAGACACCCAGAUGCUGUCUGGUCUGCCCACGUCCACCUCCGAGAAGAAAGCGGAGUCUCCGGUGCCCAGGCCAUGGGAUGAACUUCUCUGGUUCCCCCAUUCAGCCGCAUCUUUUUGGCACCCUGGGACGUGGCAGCAAGUACCCAACUUCUUCGUCAAGGAGCUGGUAUUCAGAGGUGACAUUUGACACAAACAGAUGGACAGUGCUGGGAAAGACACCAUCACACAGUAGCUGCCCCAGGGCCGUGAUGUGGACUUAGGCAGCUCUGCAUGCUUGGGAAGGAGGAUCCAACUAGGGGAAGAGUUAAGAGCCAGAAUCUGACAGCAGGAACUGUCCGUUUGGUCCUGUGACAUUGAAGGGAGAGAUGCCACCCAGACAAAGAAAAGGUAAGUGGGGACAGGCCAUGGUUAUGAUGGGGUCAAUUCAACACAGACCUGGAAGGCUUUGGAACAGAUCUGAGAAGUUAGCGUGGCGUGACUUGGGUUGCUGAUAGGGAGACUGUAGGGGACAAGGGCAAGAAGAAGCCAGGCUUGGGACCUGCCUUGAAGGUAGAGCAAGCAAGACCCCCCCUGGUUCCACGGGUCUUGGAUUUGCGCACACUCAGGAGUGGUAAGGACAGUGGCCUGAUAAACUGAAGCAAUUGGCGUCUGAGACAAGGAAGACGUCAACAAACAGUUUGCGGGGGCAAUUCAGAACUUGCCUUGCACAUUCAAAGUCUGGUAGUCCAGGGGGUGCUUUGUUGGAUAUGUUGACCAGACAGACGUCAUACACAGGAGUCCGGAGUUCAGAGAAAACGUGGUGACCGAUGUAAAUUAAGUUUCAUCAGCUGAUCAACAAACAUGGAGAAGGGAGACUGAGAACUGGAUUCCAGGUUAAAUAAGAGGAUCGAUUCAUUGAGCAUGACCAGAUAUCAGACACUGACUAGACAAACACGAGGAAAACCCCAGCCCAGGCCUCCACGGUAGAGGACUACCAGCACUAAGACCCAACACCCAGUCGCAGACCGCUGAAGCCAUCCCUGUCUCCUGUGUUCACACUAUGGGCAGCAAUAAACCUGCUACAGCACUAGCUUGGUCCUGCUGUAAGAGCAGCACCGCCUAUCCUGCCGCCGAUUGCUUCAUAAUCGGGGCGUGGCAAGGAACAGAACAAUGCCCAUGGGAACACGAGGUGUGGGUGCCUGUGGGUGAGCCCAAGCUGAGCACCUGGGUUCUUCCUGUGUCCACGUGCCUGCUGACCGUGGACAUUGCCCUUGGCUGAGCCAGUCAGCAGACCUGCUGGAGCUGGCUCCGCCCAACACAGCCCCUACUCUCCAGAGCUCUUCUCAGGAGACUGGAAGCACAGCCAAUGGGGUGCACAGAAGAAUCUGUCAGUUCUCAGCUUUGACUGGGAGUGAAGGGGCUGGAGAGAUGGCUCAGUGGUUAAGAGCAUUGCCUGCUCUUCCAAAGGUCCCGAGUUCAAUUCCUGGAGUGAAAUGCCAUCCAGGUAGCUUGUUCCUGCCUGAAGAAGGAAAAUGUCUACCUGGAUCCUGAAAUUACAGAUGAAGCUCUUAGGCUUACUUUUUACUCUUAGACUGAUAAAAAAAAAAAAAAAAAAAAAGCCUAGUGGUGUUGGCUCACGACUCACAUCUUUGAUCCCAACUCGGGUGGGUGGAUCUUGGAGUUCAAGGCUAGCCUGCUCUACAAAGCAAGUUCCAGAACAGCCAGAAACACAGAGAAACCUUAGAAACCUUGUCUUGAAAAAACAUGUGUGUGGUGUGUGUGUGUGUGUGUGUGUGUGUGUGUGUGAGAGAGAGAGAGAGAGAGAGAGAGAGAGAGAGAGAGAGAGAGAGAGAGAGGUGAUGACAGAGCCCUAUGCCCACCGGGUACCAUCUCUACUCAGCUCCUCAGAUGUUUGUGCAGUCUGACUUAGUCUGAGAAAUGGUCCCUGGGAAAUGGUUGUGUGGGAUUCUAUCUCAAUACUCAGCUUUUAAGACUAUGUAGCUUAAGAAGACAUGAUGUUCACAAAGGAAGAUAACCCAGACAAAGGGACUUGUGUGUUUGUCCUGGCAUACCCUGCUGGUGAGUGGCACAGAACCAUGACCUUCCUCUUGUGUCCAGUGCCUCUCCGACCCUGAAUAAAGUUUCCAGAUGACUGUCCAGAUUCAUGGCUGCUGGUUGGUUCCAGCACAAGAACCGGGUUAAACUGAGAAGAGUCCAGACUAUCGCUCCUGUUGACAGAGGCGGUCAUCUCAGUAAGGCACCCGCCUCUGAUAAGAUUCUUUUAAUGAGAGAUGGCUCAGUGGUUCAGAACAGAGGACCCGGGUUCAAUUCUUAGUACCCACAUGAUGUGUAGCUCCACUGUGUGCAACUCCACUGUGUGCAACUCCACUUCCAGAAGACAGUGCUCUCCUCUGGCUUUAGCUACACCAGGCACACGUGGUUCACAAACACGCUUGCAAACAAAACUCUCAUACAUACAAAGGAAAUAAAUUAAUUAAAUUUUUAAAAAGACCCUUUCAGAAAAGUUGAGCAUCAACUUUUCCCUCUGCUGAUGCCCAAGAGUGGCUCCAGUUUAAGUCUCAGAAAAUGGCUCUGACACAGUGCCCCCUUGUGGGGACUCAUAAAAAUGAGGCUUGCAGUAAACAGUUGAGGUUUCUCUCCGGCUGCCUAGCCUCUCCAGGUUGACGUACGUCUAGGGAUAUCUGCACAAAAGUGACACCAAGAGACCACACAGCCACAGAGGACAGGAGAAGUCAUUUUGGCUCCGGGGACAGUUACACAGAGCCUUUACCCUGUGUGCAGGCUAAACACAGAGAGUUACCCCGUGCCACGACUUUCUGACUCUGUCCCCACACAGAGCUUUGUGCAGCUCUGCAGUAGGAGACAGGAAGGCUGGAGGGUUGUCGCAGCGGCCAAACCACAGCACCCUUUCAAACCGGGCACAUCAAACAUGGAUUUCUGACGAUGUAGAGAUCCGAAACCUUUGUUCUGGAAUUCUCUGGGGGAAGCCAUGCUCUCUGUCCGGCGCCUGCAGGGGCUGGUUCUUGGCUCCUGUCCCUCCCUCCAGCUCUGAGUGCAGUCUGAUCAUAGGUCCUGGCCCAGCCCUGGAGAUGGGCAGCCUCGGCCUUCUCAUCUCGGAGAGGAGCGUGAAAAUUAGGUCAUUCUGUCGAAGGAGAGCUGGAAUGUUCUCAUGAGGAGACGGUGAAGAUACUGCUUUCUUCUUAACAUCAUCUCCUGAUAGAUUCCAGGCUGUGCUUCAAGGAAGAAGAAACAGAAAACUCCAGGAGGGGAAAAAUGAACUUCUCAAAAGUAUUAUAAAUCUCAAAGAAGUUACUUCUACCCUGAAUCACACCAACUCAUUGGAAAGAGCACUCUUCCAGAGCGGUGAGUAGGUGAUCUGCAAAGAGACAUGGGUAAGAGCUCAGGAAAUUCUGGAGGCUUCAACAUACCGCAGAGAACAGGACAGAGCCAGUGAGCAAAAAACAACGCAGCGGCAUCUGGAGACCCCACUGAGCUGAAAAUGUUUCUCAAGAAAAUAAAAGGUAAGACGACAAAAAUGACAGCGAUUGUUCAGGAAAUCACAAAUCAAGUUACGAAGAAAAUCUCAACAGAAAUAUUACAAUCCAGCCUUUGCUCGCCGUGUAAUAAACCUGGAAACUGCUAACAACUAAAACCAAGAAUCCGAGGCUGGAGAGAUGGAUUGCUGGCUAACGGUCCAUACUGCUCUUCUGAAGAACCUGAGUUCAAUUCCCAGCACCCACUUCAGGGAGCUCAUAACAGUCUGUAACUGGCUCCAGAAGAUCCGGCGCCCCCUUCUGGUCUACUCAGGCACUACACUCCCAUGCAUAAACACAUAUAGACAAACACACAUACACAUAAUUAAAAAAAUAACAACCAACUAUUCAAAACACCAAGCACACAUAAACGUUGUUACAGGUAGAAACGUGAAGGCUGCUACCAAGGACUCGUGGACAAAAGAGGAAAGAUAAAGUUAGAAAACCUCUGUAACACAGUGGUGGGGAGACCUUAGCAGCAGGGUGGACAGAGUGCAACUGAUGAAAGGGAUCGUCUUGAACUCUUCGUAGUGGGAUACGGGAUGUCACUGGGAAUGGACUUUGAGGUUUCAAAAGCCCAUGGCAGGCCUAGGGUGUCUCUCUUCCUGCUGCCUGCAGAUCAAGCUGCAAAGCUCUCAGCUACUGUUCCAAUGCUGUGUGUGUCUGCUUCCUGCCACGAUGACCAUGGGCUAACCCCCUAAAAUUAUGAGCAAGCCCCCAAUCAGAUGCUUUCUUUGAUAAGAGCUGCCUUGGUCAUGGUGACUCUUUACAGCACUAGAGCGGUGGCUAAGACAGUGAGUGUGUAUGGGUUAUAUGGUCAACAUUAUGUUUAAAAUGUCCAGACUGCUAUGCUUAAGAGAUCCGUGAGAAAACUGUUUCAACGUGUAAGUUUCUAGCUUCUAAAACUUGCCCUGUCUUCUAACUUGUCCAAGAUGGACGACUUCCCAGAUUAUUUGGGCUAUUCCUGAAACUGCCUAGUCUUGUACGUUUUUAACUGCCUCUGCUGUUCUUUAAGAUAACAGGCUACAAAAAAAAAAAAAAAAAGAUAACAGGCUACAAGCUUAGCCACUUGUUCUGCUUCUGUAGGAAAAUGCUGGCUUGCUCACUUCUGAGACAUCUGUAGGACAUCUGUUACCAAAGUUUGCUCUUUAGCCAGGCAUGGUAGCAUACGCCUUUAAUCCCAGCACUUGGGAGGCAGAGGCAGGCUGAUCUCUGUGAGUUCUAGGCCAUCCUGGUCUGGUGUGGGAAGCCCUUCUGUAUAUGUGUUGUUUUUAUUAGUUAAUGAAUAAAGCUGUUUUGACCAGUGGCUUAGCAAAAUAGACUUAGGUGGAAAAACUAAACAGAAUGCUGGGAGAAAGAAGGCAGAGUCAAUGAGAAGCCAUGGAGCUGCCAGAGGAGAAAGAUGCAAGCUGCCAACUGGAACCUUGAUGGUAGGCCACGGGCCUCAUGGUAAAAUAUAAAAUAAUAGAAAUAGGUUAAUUUAAAAUAUAAGAGUUAGUCAGAAAUACGCUUAAACUAUUGGCCAAACAGUAUUGCAAAUAAAAUAGUUUCUGUGUGAUUAUUUUGGGAGUCUGGGUGGCCAGGAAAUGAACAAGUAGCCUCUGCCAACACUGGUCUACAAAGUGAGGUCCAGGACAACCAGGGUUGUUACACGGAGAAACUCUGUCUCAAAAAACAAUUAAAAAAAAAAAAAGGUUAAGCUCUACCUGCAUGUAGGCAGGAUAUGUAUUAACUUGACCCCAAAUGUGGUUUUGCCUUUAUAAACCCCAACUAACAAUAGCUCAGGGGUCAUACUUAUAGAAUUCCAAUUCUCAGAUGUGGUCCUGGUGCUAGAAAUAAAAAGCAUCUUCUUUGUUAAUAUUAUUCCUAGUCAGACUGGUGAAUCUCUAAAAGAUCGCAGACCCAUAACACUGUCUAGAUAUGCAUAUGGAGAUCAGAGAACAACUUACAGAUGAUAGGUAUAUAGCCCUGGUUGUUUUCACCAUGUAGUCUUAGCUGGCCUGAAUUUAAUAUGUAGACCAGGCUAGCCUCCAACUCACAGUUUCUGCCUCCCAAGUGCUAGGAUUAAAGGUGUGUGCUACUGUACCUAAAAAUGAUAU